AGCAUCGUGAUGCUGUUCGAUUCCGGCGGGAACCACAGCCGAGCGGGUGAGCCGCCGCCCGCCGACGCCUCGGAGCCGCCUCCCAGCCCGGAGGCAUGCCGGGGCUACUUUGAUGUGAUGGGCCAGUGGGACGAGGCUUUCAACUGCAGCGUCCGUGGCUACCCAUUUUGCUGUGGCACGUGCGGCUUCCGUUUCUGCUGCCAGGAUCAGAAGAGGCGGCUAGACCAGGACGUCUGCACCAACUAUAUCAAGCCCCCCUGGCUGAACGGGCGCAAGAUGACCAACCGGCCCAUGGACUCAUCCCACGACCCCACCCGUGACAAGACCAACCUCAUCGUCUACAUCAUCUGUGGGGUGGUUGCUGUCAUGGUGUUGGUGGGUAUCUUCACCAAACUGGGGCUGGAGAAAGCGCACCGGCCCCAACGGGAACACAUGUCCAGAGCUCUGGCUGACGUGAUGCGACCAGAAGGUGCCUGCACCGCAGAUCACAUGGAAACCGAUCUCAACAUUGUGGUUCACAUGCAGAAUUACGAGAACAUGGAGACCAGAGCACCUGCUAAUAACUUACAUGCCACCCAGAUGAAUAAUGUCAUACCGACAUCCCCUCUACUUCCUCAACUGGCUAAUCCCCAUUCCUUCCCAAGCAUGGGACAGAUUACAAAUCCAUAUGAACAGCAGCCUCCGGGAAAGGAGCUAAAUAAGUAUGCAUCUCUAAAAGCAGUAGGAAACAGUUUGGGGUAAUGGGCUGAGUCAACCUUGCGGAAUCCUAAAGCAGAUAAAGGUAACGAUGAUUUCUACUCCAAGCGGCGUCACCUGGCUGAGCUGGCUGCCAAAGGGAGCCUACCUUUGCACCCUGUGCACGUGGAGGAAGAUCGGCCAUAUAUCUUGGAAGUGGGCACCAUGAAACAAAAUGGACAGAAGUCCAAAGCCACCAAGCCACAUAUGCACCCCUUGGCUUACAAGACCUGGGAUCCUAGCGACCAGUCCCUUCGAAGGCAAGCCUACGCAACCAAAGGGAGGAAUUUCAUGGGAGAUCCCACCACGAGGGACCCCUUGACUACACGGAGCCAGCAUUAUUUGCCCACACAGCCAUAUUUCAUCACUAACAGCAAGACAGAAGUGACUGUUUGA